AAGGAAAUCCCCAAGCAUCACAUAAUAAGCAAGUCUCCCAGCAAAGAACUGUUCGAGGCAUUAUCAAUCAAUAUGAAACUUGUUGUCUCUGCCUUGUUCUUCUUGUCCCUGGCGGAAGCCGAUUUGUUCAACUAUGGCAACACGGACACCACUGUCGAUGGCGAGAAAAGUUACGGAAUGCCGAAUUGGAAUCGAGUUGAAUGCAGCAACGAAGACACCUGUCGAGGCUGGCCCGACAAGUUUCCCUUUUUGGUAGGCUGGGACGCGGGCAGAAACACCUGUCAGUGGUGCCCUGAAGGUGGACCAGAGAAUUGUGGUUUUCACAGACAAUCACCGAUUGAUUUGAAGCGCGACCGGGGGGUGAUCGGCGGAAGCAACGAGAAAUCAUGCCCAGAUUGGCAUUGGAUGGCGUACAAGGACGAUACUUGUGCAUGGAAAGAUAUGGUGGAUGAAUUUUCGAUUGAACGUCACGGUUUGCGUCUGUCAGUCCCCAUUGAAUCAGACGGUGAAAUUUCUUGUGUUGAAAAUCGAAAUGGACAAGAUGUGAGGAGGUUUCCUCGUCUAGAUUACAGCAAAGGUUUCCCGGAUUGGUGGUGGCUCCAAUCGACCGACAUAUCUGUACCCAGCCAUCAUACACAAGAGGGAAAGAGAUACGACGCCGAAGUCACACUUAAGCAUUUCUACGAGAUUGAACAUGACAAAAAUCAGCUCGGCUAUGUAACUCUCUUUAUGGAAGCCUACGACGAUGCAGAGUCAUGGCCGUUUUUAGACAAACUGAUUUGUGCCUGGAGAGAAAAGGAGGAGAAGGUCCGGCGUGAAUGUGGACUUCCGCCUUCAGCUCCGUACGGUAGAUGUCGAAUCUUUUCUGAACGUGGUCAGCAGCCAACUGAUGCUUGGAGAUUCGAAGCUGGUGAGCUACAGUCUUUUGGAGAGGGUGAACCCGCCCCGGUUCCAUCCGUUGCCCCCACCAAAUCACCAACUGCCUCGAUCACUACCUUGUCUCCUGUAAUUCCGACUACGUCACGUCCAACCGAGUGGGUCUUACCUCCUAUCUUUGCACCCCCUUCCGUCACCGUCACCACCGACACGCCAACCAUCACUGAGCAAAUUGUUUCGGCACCUCCGCCUAUUGACUGUGAUGCAUUUGAUAUGAACUAUGAUAGGCUUUGCUACUCCAACGAUCCUUGUUGUGAAACCCAGAGGUCAACUUCCGAGUAUUGCUGGGACGCUUAUGAGAACAUUUUCCCAGGAAAUGCCAUCUACUCGGCUUGUCACCAUUGUUGUGGAGGAGAACGAAAGAGCGUUGGACCGCCUAGUCCCAUCAACCCCAAAAUUCCAAAAACGUUACAAUGUUCGUCGUUGUCGAACGAACCAAACCGCAUGUGCAAUCUUGAAAGCUGUUGCGAUGGUUCCGACUCCAGCUACUGUCGGGAUUUGAUGGAGUUGAUUCGAAGUAUUCCGCUGACCGCGUGUUUCCUUUUCUUGCAGUGGUAUUGCUGCUCAGAGCCGAAGGAGUAUGAUUCCAACAGACGAACGCUUCGCGGAACAAGUUUUGGCAUGGAGGUCGGCGAAGACAUCAAAGGUGUGCAGUCUUUCCCAAGUGGUACUAAGUUUAUGGAGGUGGACGGCCGCCGGCUUGUUUUGCGGAAAGAAAAUUUUGAAAGGGAUGAAGAGAGCGAGGAAGAUUAUUUCAAUCGGAUCUAUUCAAAUUACAAGCACCGGUCCUUACAAGCCACUGUCCAUCAAGAGGACUAUGCUGACAUCGAGUACUGGCCGUACGAAUGGAUGCUGAAGGUAAAUACCGAGUAUUACUUCAGAUACGAAGGUACUCAGGUAGUUGCCCCGUGCGCAGAAACUGUCCAUUGGAGAGCUAUGAAAGAUCCUAUUAAAAUUCAUCCUCGCCAGCUUGCCGAGUUGACAAGGCUUUUGAAAGAAAGAAUCGCCCCCACAGGAGAUCCCAAUUCUUGUCAAUCGGACACUGCAGGCGUUUCCGGAAGUGACGGUUCACUCAAACUGAACAGAGACCUUCAGUACUACCACAAUGUCCAUCGCAAGGUAUUUUGCGAGUGCAAAGACUGGCCCUCAAAGUUCGAAAGUGACAAGCAGUGGUGCCGCAAUUGGCAAGAUGACACCAAUUACGAGCGGUUUUACCAGCGUCCUUAUAGUUUCGAUUCAAAUGGAGAGUGGUAAAGCAGGUUGUUUGAUAAAAUACUCUAUAUAACGUUAAAUGGAAUGAUGUAAGCUUU